AUCUGUGCGCAAGACUGUAGAAAAUACCUCCAUUUUGUUUAUUUUCUUAUGUGAAAAGUGUAGUGUCGGCAUUGCGGUAAAACAUCAUUUAACAAAGCCAAUGGGCGCAAAAUAAACAAAAAUAAUUCGUAGCAGUCGAAAAAUAUAGUCGUAUAUAUGUUCCUUGUUCGGUUCCCUCGUUUAGAGGGUUUACAAAAUAGCAGACAUUGGGCGCAUCGCGAGUAAGCACUUUGUCAAAUUGACUACUGUGUCCGGCACUAAAAAUAAUUCUCAAAAUACUCCAAAUAACAAUAACUCCCUUCAUCGUGGUGUUGUGGCAGACAAAGAAGGUGUUCUACAUACAAAGAAAAGUAAAAUCGUAUUCGGCUCUGUUGGCAGAGAUAAAACUGUGCCCCUUUUAUCGCCACCCCCAAUAAUGAACCACGUGACAGGUCACUAUCGCCGGAACGAAGACAAUCCCCAGAAUACUAACGUCAAUGAAGUUGAGGACAUGGAAACUCAAGAAGUGACUACAAUGGAAUACAUCACAGAUACAGCUGGGGCAGACAUGGAUCAGACUCAGAAUGGAGAAGUUUUAGUUGGUCCUCAGCCUGAUCCAAAUGCAGUUGUGCAAGAUACAGAAAUGGAAGAAGAUGAGGCUCGUUCUGAUGCAACAUUCAAGUUUACUGUACACAAUUUUAGUAAGCUCAAGGACUCUGUACUCUCUCCUCCAUGUUUCGUGAGAAAUCUGCCCUGGAAGAUAAUGGUAAUGCCUCGUAACAGUCAUUCUCAAGAUGCUAGGUCUGAUAGACCAGCUCAGAGAUCCUUGGGUUUCUUUUUGCAAUGUAAUGGAGAAAGUGAAUCCAGUUCUUGGUCAUGUUAUGCAGUUGCAGAGUUAAGAAUGCUUUCAGUUAAACCUGAAAUAGAGAAUUUUACUAGGAAAAUUCAGCAUUUGUUCUAUUCAAAGGAAAAUGAUUGGGGAUUUUCACAUUUUAUGUCAUGGAAUGAUGUGUUGGAUCCAGAGAAAGGUUUCAUCAAAGAUGAUGCAAUCACAUUGGAAGUCCAGGUUGUAGCGGAUGCACCUCAUGGAGUGUCCUGGGAUAGUAAAAAGCAUACAGGAUAUGUUGGUUUGAAAAACCAAGGUGCCACUUGUUACAUGAAUUCCUUACUCCAAACUCUGUACUUUACCAACCAGCUGAGAAAGGCUGUCUAUAAAAUGCCCACAGAAUCUGAUGAUUCCACAAAAUCAGUAGCUUUAGCAUUACAAAGGGUUUUUCAUGAACUACAGUUCUGUGAUAAACCUGUAGGUACUAAGAAGCUUACAAAGAGUUUUGGCUGGGAAACUUUGGACUCUUUUAUGCAACAUGAUGUUCAGGAAUUUUUAAGGGUGCUAUUAGAUAAGUUAGAAAGCAAAAUGAAGGGUACUUGUGUAGAAGGAACUGUGCCCAAAUUAUUUGAAGGAAAAAUGAUUUCAUAUAUAAGAUGUAAAAAUGUUGAUUAUUCCAGUACUAGAUCAGAAACUUUCUAUGAUAUACAGUUGAAUAUUAAAGGAAAAAAGAACAUCGAUGAAUCCUUUAAAGACUACAUAGCCAAAGAGACCUUAGAUGGUGAUAAUAGAUACGAUGCAGGAGAGCAUGGUUUGCAAGAUGCUGAGAAAGGUGUCAUCUUCAAAGAAUUCCCCCCAGUAUUGCAUCUACACCUGAUGAGGUUUCAAUAUGAUCCUGUGACAGACAGCUCAGUGAAAUUCAAUGAUCGGUUCGAAUUCUAUGAGAAACUCUCGUUGGACGCCUAUCUCCAGGAACAGGAUCCCAACAACCCUGCCAAUUAUACUUUGCACGCAGUUCUUGUACAUAGCGGUGAUAAUCACGGAGGACAUUAUGUUGUUUUUAUUAAUCCGAAAGGUGAUGGUAAAUGGUGUAAAUUCGAUGACGACGUCGUUUCAAGAUGUACCAAACAAGAAGCAUCUGAGCACAAUUUUGGUGGACAUGAUGAGGACAUGAAUAUGACAGUAAAACACUGUACUAAUGCUUACAUGUUGGUGUAUAUAAGGGAUUCUGAAAUGCCCAAAGUAUUACAAGAUGUGACAGAUGCAGACAUUCCCACAGAACUGGCCGAUCGCUUGGCAGAGGAAAAGCGAAUGGAGCAGGUGAGGCGUAAAGAACGUAACGAGGCCCAUCUGUACAUGACGAUAAACGUUCUUUUGGAGGAUGCGUUCGAUGGUCAUCAAGGCAACGAUCUUUAUGAUCAAGAAAGGGCUCUUUUUAGGGUGUUCAAAAUCAAAAAGAUGGCCACUGUUGCCGAACUAAUGGAAAUGCUGGCGGACGCCUUUAAGUAUCCUCCAGAGCAAAUAAGACCAUGGCCUUUUAGUCAGAGGUCAAACCAAACCAUCCGACCCAGUGUUUUAGAUCUCGAAACAGACCUCCACAAGCCUGUAAUAGACACAGCAGAAAACGCGAAUCCUUGGAACAUAUUCCUCGAGCUCCUUCCUCCUGAUUCGGGGCAAUCGACACUUCCGACGUUUGACAAGGAAACAGAUGUAUUAUUGUUUUUCAAAAUGUACGAUCCCAAGCAAAAGAAAAUCCACUAUUGCGGUCACAGCUAUUUACCCGUUACGAGUAAGUUAGUGGAUAUUAUACCGUUGCUGAACGAAAGAGCAGGAUUUCCGCCAGAUACCGAAUUGUUACUUUAUGAGGAAAUACGACCGAAUAUGAUAGAGAAAAUUACAAAUUUUAAUGAUCCUUUAGAAAAGGUAUUAGAAGAAUUAAUGGAUGGUGAUAUAAUAGUGUUUGAAAAGGAAGAAAGAGAGGAACUUUCCGACCUUCCGACAUGUGUAGAUUAUUUCAAAGAUUUGUAUUGUCGCGUUGAAGUGACUUUUGUAGACAAGUGCAUACCCAACGACCAGGGAUUCACAAUGGAGCUGUCACAGAGAAUGACAUACGAUCAGUUCGCCAGAGCCGUAGCGCAGAGGGUAGGAACCGAUCCCUAUUUGUUACAAUUCUUUAAAUGUCAAAGUUAUAAAGAUAGUCCUGGUCACCCGUUGAGGUGUACAUUCGAAGGUACUCUCAAAGACCUACUAGUAUAUUCAAAGCCAAAAGUCCCGAAGAAAAUAUUUUAUCAGCAACUUAGUAUUCGAGUCAAUGAAUUAGAAAAUAAGAAGCAAUUCAAAUGCGUUUACGUGGGCUCGAAGUUCAAGGAAGAAAAGGAACUGAUAUUAUAUCCAAAUAAAGGUGGAACCGUGGCAGAUCUCUUAGAAGAGGCGAAAAAGCAAGUCGGAGAUUGUGGUACUGGAAAACUUAGGUUAACAGAAAUAUGUAGUAAUAGGGUAUCAAUGGGGCCAAAGGAAGACACGCCUUUAGAGCAGCUAGCAAUUACAGCUACGAAAAUAUAUAGGAUCGAAGAGGUGCCUCAGGAGGAAUUGCAUCUUGCCGAAGACGAAACGUUAAUUUCGUGUGCUCAUUUUCACAAGGAGGUCUUUUCGACGUUCGGCACUCCUUUCCUCAUAAAAGUCAAACAGGGAGAACCGUUCGCUAAAGUAAAAGAACGAAUACAGAAACGAUUGGCUGUGCCCGAAAAAGAAUGGGAGAAAUUUAAGUUUGCAAUCGUGGCGAUGGGUAGGCCACAGGUUAUUCAAGAAGAUGAAUAUGUAAUUAAUUUAGCUGAUUUUAAACCUGUUCCUAAUCAAUCAGCGGGUAGUCCUCGACCCUGGUUGGGAUUAGACCAUGUGAAUAAAACUCCAAAAAGGUCGAGGUUCAAUUACCUGGAGAAGGCCAUCAAAAUCUACAACUGAGACUGACAGAAGAGACAUUUAGUGACAAAAUCUCUAUCACCACCUAACCAACCGAUGACCACCAAACCUUCGAGUUAUGGCCGACAUGUACCCCCGCCUACAACUUUCCCCCCUACAAGCGAGGUGUUGCACGACAUUGUCACUAUACCGCGCUAAAUAGUCAAGACGCCUGACGAUAGGACUCAGUGUACAUUGUAAGGGCGCCGUUUUUCUUUCGAAGUCUUGUUUAUAAGAAGUAUUACAUAUUGGAGUCACCCGGUGCUUUAUUUUUAUAUUAGGUGAGCUUUGAUUUUGUGAUAAUUAAGAAAUGGAGGCAUCGCCUUUUUAAACCUGAUUUUAGUCUAUGUGAAAUUGAUUUAGGCCUUGUUGCGUUGUUUUUUAAUUAUAGCUACCAUAAAAGAGCUAAUAGAUAAGAUCAUUAAAACCUACUAAUGCAUUUUGAUCAUUAAAACGUUCUAAUGAAUUUUGAUUAAUAAAGCGUACUACUAUUAAAACAUUUGAUCAUCUGGUAUAAAAAUAAAUCUCCGGGUGUAUCGGGGAGGAAGGACAUUGCGGAAGACCAACUGCGUCUUUUAGACUUAAACUUGUCGCCAGCAUCUCGACUAAAUAUGCUUAUCCAGAUUAUUCUCAGAGUAACUUAAAAACAGGCAAUUAUCAGCUAUAUAUAACACUUGUAAAUAUUUAUUUAACUGACAAAUAAAAAAGUCUGUCUCUUGUUUUUUAGGGUGUAUUCACAUGUUGAUAUUUUGUAGAGGGUUAUUCAGGAUUUCGAAUGAAAUCAUGUUUUUAAUUAAUAAUUAUAUUAUUUAUCACAGGUCACAGAUUUUAUAUUAUCUUCAAGGUUGUACAAGAUAUCGAUAGUUAUAAAGGUUAUGGCAAAGAUGUUACUAAAAGGGAUGUUGCAGUGUGCGUUGAAUGGUAGCAAAAACUGUUUAUGGCUUUAGAAAGACGAACAUCUGUCUGAUGGAAGAAAGUAAUGAUGUUAAUGUAAAAAAGCAUUGUAUGAUGUAAACAAUUACAUGAGUCGCAUUCUCAAAAUAUUUAUUAUUUAUAUAUCAAAUAUUUGACAGGAACCAAAUUUUUUUGUUGAUAUUUGCUUUGGUUUAUGCAAACACUAACUAAAUCUAUUCGCCAAUCUUACUAACUAGUUAUUAGAGAGAUAUUGCAAAUUUAACACAGCCUACGUUGCGCUAUUUACACCGCGCCAUUUUGAUAGAAUUGACAUUUCUCAGACGUUUCAUAAAUGCAGAUAUUGCUUAACAUUUUGGUUGCGGUAUUUUACGGCUCGAUUACGAUUAGUUGUUUAUCUAAUUUGUACUCAAAAUCCAGAAUUUAAUGUAGAUGGAAGAAAGGUUUGUAUUUUCUUCCAAAUAUCGACCAAGAAGAAACAAAUGAUCCUUGAAUGUUCUUAUAAAUAAAAGAUUUUCCUAUUGCACUCUUCAUGUUUUCCUGAACUAACGUCCAAUUUUCUGGAGAAGUCAAUGGAUUUUGACAAAACUUGUUUUAAUAAACAUAAAUCGUCAUCAGACGUAAAUCUAAUUCGUUUGCUACUGUCUGAGGUACCCAUUUUAGCAAAUUAUUACGAAUAAAUUUGGUUUAAAUGAAAGAUAAACAACAAACAUAACCUGAAAAUAAAAUAGCGCAACGAAUACCGCACAACGUAACGACUCCCCUAAUAACGGCAGGCCGUAUUUCCAAUAACGCAGCGUAAGCCAGAUAUCACAUCUGCGCAUGCUCUACUGUCAAAAUAACGCGUGCUGCAAUACAGCAAGUGCAAAAAGACUCUGCAAUAUCUCUCUAUUGUUUCGUCUAUAAUCGUAUCGAAAUAUGUUAAAUUUAAGAAUAUUUCUUUCAAAAUGUAAGCGUUCUAUUCGCGGUGUGCAAGUACUUGGAGGGGAUACGAGAAACGAUCGUGCGCGAAUAGCUGAGAAAUAUUGCAAAUUUCUUAAAUAAUUCAUAUUGUCAAUUGAAAUUGUCAAAUUGACGUAUAUUUCAUACUUACUGUCAUUAAAGAAGAAAAAUUAUAUGUUGCUCCACAAUAUUGAUAUGAUAUGCAAUUAUUAUAUUAUAAAGGUAAAUUUAAUUAAUUGUAUUUUGCUUGCAGUACUGCAUUUUAAUGACUAAUUUUAUUUACUACAUACAAUUGUUGACGUUUUAAUAACAUAACCUAAAUCUUAUUUUUUCUUCUUAUUAUUUUUUGGACUAUGGCCUUGACAAUUAUCCAGUAACCAGGACUAAUAUAAUUGGCCAAUAUAAUUAAAAGUGCGAAAAAUGUUGCUGAGCGUAGAAACCAGGUGUCGUUUUGCGGAAGUUACACGUUCCCAAUACUUAUUCUUAAGUAAAAUCGUUUUAUUGAUAGGAUUGGUGAAAAAGAUAAUUAUACAAUUUUAUUAUAUCUUUUCUCAUACCACCUCAUUAUACAGCUUUCAGUUUUGUUUUCACGAUGGUACAUUUACUCAUCAGAGAUUUGUUGAAAAUUACGAAAAUGUAACAUUAUUAACACGUUGGCUUCCGUGACACACAAAUGUUUUGUCUCAAUAGCAUAGAAACGGAAGUCUCGUGGCCGUAGGGACCCAUUUUGAAGUGAAUACUUCUUAUCGUUCGGUAUGGAAUUUUGGCGGGUGUAAAGUCAUAUUGGUCGUCAUUCAAAAUCGAGACGCAAGAGUGUAAUUCAAAAAUCGUAGCGCGAGAGGUUAGCUUGCGGUUACCCCUCUUGGUAUAUGUAGGUAUGUUACUUAACGACGUUCUACACCUUCGUUGCGUGGUAUGCCUCUCAGAGGAAAGGGGGGGAAACUUAUAUGCAAGCGAAAGUUCGUAACAAUGCAUUUAUACGCUCUGAGCUUCGCUGGUGGCGCUCCUAGCGGAUUACUAAUUCAACUUUCACCGGUAAUUUUUAAAUUUAUUAUUUAAUUGUUAUCGCUUAACAUUUACAACGCAAAAAAGUAAUUAAAUUGUAAUCGAUUUUUUAAGAUUUUGCCAAUCAUUUUGACGUUCUAUUGAUAAAAUAUGAAUUUCUUACUUCGGAUACUUUCACAAUUAUCGUGUAGAUGGCGUUAAGAUUUUUAGAUUAAAUUACAAUUACGUAUUACGGAACAUUAAAAAAACUUAAAUUCAGUAUUUAAAACGUAAGUAUAUUUAAGGUAAAAAUAUAUACCACAGCUUUUAUGUCAAAUUUCCGGUAAACGCUUACAGACUUACCACUACUGGCGCUCGCGAAUUUGUAAAUAUCCCCUCUACGUACGAGCUCACAGCCUAUAGCAGAAUACUUAAAUCAUAUGUUUCAGUAUUGAAUACUUUGUAAAAAUAAAUUAUAAUAAAUUACGGAAUUAAUUAUAAUAAAUAAAUUAAAAAUAAAUGGUACGGUAAACAAUCCUCAUUUUUUAAUAUGGUAUUCCUUACAAAAAAACCUUUAAUUUAAGCACAAAUAAUUAAAAAUCGUAAAUUUGUUUCAAAAGUUAUUAACUUUUUAAGAAUUCCCAUAAGAGCCCGUGUUAAAACUUAAAUUUGACCCUUAAUAGUAAUUAAACGGCACGGUAAAACAAUUUUUAAAAAAUCAAGUCUUAGUUUUUUGAAGUAAACUAUAACAUACUAAAAUUUCAUGCAAAUCCUUAAUUCUUUGCCGAAGGUGUAGAACGUUAAGUUUAUAUAUACUUAAACAAAUUAUACAGGGUGUAACAAAAAUACAGGUCAUAAAUUAAAUCACAUAUUCUGGGACCAAAAAUAGUUCGAUUGAACCUAACUUACCUUAGUACAAAUGUGCACCUAAAAAAAGUUACAGCCCUUUGAAGUUACAAAAUAAAAAUCGAUUUUUUUCAAUAGAUCGAACACUGUUUGAGGUUUCUUAUUGAAAACGGACAUGUGAUAUUCUUAUGAUAGAAACAUCUGAAAAAAAAAUUAUAGUGAAAUUUGUGUACCCCAUAAAAAUUUUAUGGGGGUUUUGUUCCCUUAAACCCCCCAAACUUUAGUGUACGUUCCAAUUAAAUUAUCAUUGUGGCAUAAUUAGUUAAACACAAUGUUUUUAAAACUUUUUUGCCUCCUAGUACUUUUUCGAAAAGUUAGUUUUUUUUGAGAUAUUUUGAAUAUUUUGUCAAAUACACCACAUAUUUGUGUACCUACUGUUAAGUACGAUUUUAGAGACUUGGUAAUAAUAUGAAAAUUUAUUUAUAAAUUACAGUUUGAGGUAUACUUUGAACCAUAUUAAAAAAGAAGCCACAUCUCGAUAAAAGGUGCCUUAUCUGAAAAAUAUUAAGAGGCAAAAAAGUUUUAAAAACACUGUGUUUAAAUAAUGGUACAGCAAUAAUAGUUUAAUUGGAACGUACACAAACAUUUGGAGGGUUUAAAGGCACAAAACCCCCAUAAAUUUUUUAUGUAAACAUAUCGAUUAAAACUGGUUUAUCGAAAAAGUACUAAGAGGCAAAAAAGUUUUAAAAACAUUGUGUUUAACUAAUAGUACUACAAAAAUAAUUUAAUUGGGACGCACAUAAAAGUUUGGGGGGUUUAAGGGAACAAAACCCCCAUAAAAUUUUUAUGGGCUGCACAAAUUUCAAUAUAAUUUCUUUUUAGGAUGUUCAUGCCAUAAGAAUGCCACAUGUCCAUUUUCAUUAAAUAAUAUCUUUCUAUAUAUCGGAAAAAAUCGAUUUUCAUUUUGUAACUUCAAAGGGCUGUAACUUUUUUAUGUGCAUAUGUGCUAAGGUAAGCUAGGUUCAAUCGAACUAUUUUUGGUCCCAGAAUAUGUGAUUUAAUUUAUGACCUGUAUUUUUGUUACACCCUGUAUAGGUACGUUAUAUUAAAAUAAUAUACGUAUUUAAAAUUGAAUAAAUGAAUUAUAUUGCUUACAUAGAUUAUGUUAUAUUCAAAUAAUAAUUAAUAUAUUUGUAUUUAUAUCAGCAAAGCAUAUGUUAUUUACGAUUGAUUUUGACACAUCUGUCAAUGUCAAAAUAAAUUUUAAAUUAUUCAUAGCUAUUAAUAAAAUAUAAAUGACAUUUGUUAGUAAAUUUAAUUAGUAUAUAAAAUAAAUAAUAAAUUUAAAAAUACAAUUUGAGUAUUUUGAAAAAAAUAAUUAUUUAGUAACGACUUUAAAAAGGUUUGUACACUUUUGUCUAACGGGCACCCCUUUAACGGAAGUACCUAAUAAUAAUGGACUCUUCCAUCUAUUGUUUACGAUUCACAUGCGUUGACGAUUUACUAUACUUCAUCAGUAAUUACAUUUUUCGCCAACUUAAAAAAAAAUAUUAAAGAAAAUAAUUAAAAGUUUUGCGGUACUUUAUUUAUACUUAUUUAAUUGGUUUAGAUGUACGUAAAACAUUUAUUAUUUUAAAAAUUUGAAAUUGUUUUAUAUAUUUAUAUUUAUAUAUUUUAUUUGAAAUAAAAAUUGUUUUGAAAGUUUGUUAAUGGUAAAAUUAACGGGUAAAAUCACUAGUAUAUAUUAUAUUAAAUUGGAUAUAUAUUAAAUUAUAGGCAUAAUGUAUAUUAAAUAAAAUUAAAUCUAAUGGAAUCGAAUUGAAUCGAACCGAAUAUAAUCGAAUAUAUAAGAAGUAUUCAUACACUCCGCAAGUGCCCCGCUCUAUUUUUAUUUUAACAUUAUGGAGCCAAGGAGCCAAAAUUUUCAUGUUUUGUAAUUAGAUUAAUUGAUUUAAUAGCUUUCCUCUACUUUCUUAAUUUGAUUAUCUUGUUUCUCUCCCAUUUCUGCAGUUGUUCCCAGCUGUGAUUCCAUUAGUUAAGUCAAUAGGGAACUUACACAUUUUUUUUAUUACAUAAUAAUGUUCAGUUUUGUAUAAAAAUGAGAUUUCCAAAAUUUCACGCUUCAAAAACUCAUAAUAACUUAGAAGUACAAAUUUAAAGUCUUCUUUAUUUUAAAAUAGUUCAAACGACCCGUAACGCCACAGAGUUUAACUAUGUGGUUCUGUUUAUGGUUAUAUUUACGUAUAUUCUUCUUUAGUUUAUUGGCCUCCACCUACUUGGGUAUUUGCCCAGCUCGUCGUCGGGGAAUAAAGGAAAAAUAUUUAUAUUCUAAUGACAUUUAUCGUAUGUCGUUGUAAUAAUAUAUACCAGUUUGUUGAGAUUGGAGUUUGAUACAGUUUUUGAAGGAAAGGAAAGAAGGUUUACUAUUGGAAAUAAAACCAUUUUGUAAAAGUACAAAUUUUCUAUGAAUAGUUCAAACGAUCAAAAACACUUUUAACGUCACAUAACUGUAUUUUUUACUGACGUUUAUAAUGUCUAAUUUAAAAUUAUAUAUACAAUUGGUGUAGAAUGUAAACAUACAACCCCGUGACGUCACGACGCGUUUUGUGGUGGCUGGUAUAAGUUGAAUUUUUAGUCGUCUUUAGGGGCCAAAUGAAAGUCAAACAAAACUUUUUAUCUUUGAUACAGGUUCUAAAUUAUGUUCUGUUGUGAUUUAUACCAUUGAUUCAUGCCAUGGAUCCAUACAGACAUGUCAUGAAACAAUGGAUCCAUACGUUCUGAAAUAAAAAGAGAUGAAAUUAUACCCUGUUUUUUAACUAGGAGGAGUAAAGUCAAAAGACAAGUUUACACCCAAUAAUGUCACUAGAAAAAUCAAAAAAUAUUUCUGUUUGAUCAUGUCGGCCUUCGACGGUAAUCCAUAAAUAUUAUAUUACACUAAUACAUCGUUAAAGAGUUCUAAAAACAACUGUUUUUUUUUAUAUAAAUGCAGACUCAAAAACUAAAAAUUAAAGGAAUAACGCAUAAAACUCAAAAAAUCGCCGAUAUGACUUAAUUAACCUUUUGAAUGCCAAUAGUGUCAACAUUUCCUAAUUGCCAAUAGUGUCAACAUUUCAUAAUUUAGUGGAGUAAGCGUGCCUGCGGUUGGACCAAUUACAAACAAGCAUUACGGAGAGGUAAAUUUGUAUUACUCCUCCUAGUUUUAAAAUGAGGUAUAGUAUUGGUGGAAAAUUAUCUCGAUAGAAACCCACUAAUUUACAUUGCAAUUGUCUUCAAUCAGUUUUUAGUUUAUGCGAAAUAAAAAAAUGUCAUUUUGACAUCAUAUGUAUAAUUAUGAUUAAAGUCAACUACUAUCUUAGGCUAACGUGUAAAGGUGGGAACUAACUUUUGAUAUGUAAAUUUAUAGGUUUGUAUCGAUAAUUCGACUACCCACCUCUACAAGUUUCAUUUCUUUUUAUUUCACCGCGUAUUAUGUUUUCCAUCUUUUGCGUUAUUUUACCGGUUAUUAGCGCACUCAUCACUUGACAAGUUCCUUGGUGCUUAUUUUCGAGAUGUAAUCGAUAAACUUUAGUGAAAAUUUUGAUCGUGCAAGCAUUAAAUUGAGCAGCAGUAGAUCAGUAGUUCCGCGAUUCAAUCUCACUAUACUGCAAAUUUGAUAAAAGCAAUUAUGUGAACUAAGGUCAGAAAAGCUCAAUUUGUCCCAUGAAUUAAUUGGUUAGUGAUAGUUUUAUUAAUUAUUGAAUUUUGUUAAGAUUGUUGGAAAGCUAAGAACAUUAUAUUCAUUAAAUUCCAGAAUAGCAUAGCAUAUUUUAUAGUAAAUGUCUUAAAUAAUUGGUCACAUAAAGUAAAUAAUCGGCAAUUGAUACACUCACAGGCAACUUUUUGUGAUUUGUAUUGAAGAACUACAUUACAGACAAAAGUUAAUUUUUGUUUGUGUAGUUUUGAUAUCCAACUGCUUAAUACAAAUCAUUUGACCAGUUGUUUAUUUUAGUUGACCUAUUAUUAUCAGCGUUUUGUAGUCUAUAGAAUAUGGUCAGUUGACCUGUAAUUUAAUGAAGAUGAAGUUUAUUACUCACAAAUGAUUUGCUUGCUCAUAUUUUGACCUUUAGAAAAAAAAAUACUCGUUAUGAGGUCACAAAUAUCUUAAAUUUCGUUUCGUCUUGUACAACUCUGAACAACCUUUCGCUAAAUUUUGAAUAACCUGGUCUAAUAUGUUUUGAAAUGUAAGUAUCAUCUCUAGUUUUAUAGCCAUUUUGGUUGACUUUUUUAAAUGUGUACAAGAUGGCCAGCUUUUUCAAAUUUUAUUGGUUAACUUACUAUACAUUACGUUCCUCUUGAUCUGUUCAAAUUCUUGUCCUUUUCUUUAUUUAACAAUUUUGUAUACGUACUGUGAACAUAUUGGGGAAUCGAAAUAAAGUUUACUUUAAAACUUUAUUUGUGAUAAUCUUAGUUGAAUCUAUAUUAUGAAUUUUAAUUGUUUCAAAGAAAUAUACUAAGGAAACGAAUAUGAAAAGGUAUUUCAGCAUUCUACAAAAAAUACUAAUGUGAUGUUUUUAAUUUUUGUAUAGUGUGUUUAUUUAUUUUUUAUUGUUUUACCCCGCCUGAAUGUCUGAAACUACCUUUAUAUUCGAUUAUACACACGCGCUUUUAGGCAUCUGUCCUUUAGUUUUACGUGUCAUUUGCUAAUGUGAUUCGUUUUUAAAACUGGACAUCUUGUAUGUGUCCUUUAAUAAACUUUUUUGAACGUUUCUAUCCCUUUUAUUGGUCUUUGUUUUAUUUUUGUGUGGUUUAAAUUCUGAGUUUCGCCUUAUAUUUUAAACCUGACCUUGAAUAAAGCAAAAUGUUCACCAAAGUUAAAGUAAAAUAUUAUUCUUUAAAAAUCUUUUAUAGAUCAAGUUUUAUGGUAAAAAUCACAUAAAUGGGGAAAAUAAAAACUAUUGAGAGUGUUGUACAAUCAUCAAAUUUUUCGCAGUUUGUUUACGAGUGUAGUAAACAUGAGAAGGACACAACGUCCAAUCUAAGUUUCCAAACUGAACCAAAUUCAUCAUAAUUCAUCAUUCAGUACCAUUGCCAUAAGUUCAUUAGCCAAGAAGUUCUGCUAUAACAUGGAUCCCUUUUACCAUCAAUCUUGUGGUAUCUUGAUCAGUGUGUAUAUUUUUACAUUUGUUUAGGUAGUUUAAUACUUCUGCGGAACUUGUCGAUAACCUGCAUGUGUCUGUAACACCAUAUCUCGGAUGCCUCGAGUUUUCUUGAAAAAGCUUUGGGAUGUGUGCAGGCCUCUACUCCGUAUAACAUAGAAAAUACAUAGCAUCUGAUGAUAGAUAUUUUGGUAGCAAGUGGUAAAUUGCGACUUCUGAAAAGAGACUUCAUCAUUAUGAACUCUGAUUUCGCUUUUCCUACGCUUUGUUUUAUUUCACAAGAGUGGUCCCAUUACCUGUUUAUAUUGGUACCAAGGUAUGUGUAGCUGUCCACCCUGUCAAUUGCUUGUUGGUUAACCAAAAUCCGUGUAUUAAUAUUUCGCGCUUACUGAAAACAUGUACUUUGUUUUUUUCGUAUUGAGAUCAAGUCCCUGUUCUCUACUUAUAUCUGAUAUGCCAGACAUUAUUCUUUGCAAACGAUCGAGGCUAUCUGCAAAGUAUUGCAGGAGUUUUUAUCAUUGUGGUCUCCAGAAUUCCCUCGGUUCUAUUUGUGUUGGAUGGUGUUGAUGAUGUGCCGUUUUUGGCAUGUUUUUGUACAUUAGGUUUUUCACUUCUCAGUGCAAGAACUGCUACGUGCUUUUUAAAUUGCCAGAUCAAAUAUCUUCAUUUAACGAUCGAAUGAUAAAAAACAAACAAAAAAUAGUAAGUUCCUUUGUAAGAGGUAUAUUUAAAAAAUCCCUAAAAAGGGUUACAUCGCAGAACUUUUUCGGAAUACUAAUUCCAUCAUCAGUGUUAAAUUCCAGUAAUGUACAUGCCUGAGACUCCAAAACGUUUGGGCAAAAACCCUUAAAAUGUUAUAAAGAUUAAAAAGAAUGUGUGUGUGUACUUUGUACGCACGUAAGAAGUUAUACUUCUAUUAUAUGAUUUCAACGAAAUCAAUAAAACAGUUUAUUUGUAUUAAAAAAAAAGUAAUAACAAUUGUCCGUUCGUGUCCGGAUUCGAACCAGGGACCUCCGCGUUACGUAGUCGAAUCCUCUACCAACAACCCAUCAGCGUUUUGUUUUGACGGCUGCUCGGACGUAAUUACAAACGACGGUGACAAAUAAAUCAAGUGAAGUAUAAUUAUAUAAAAAUGUUUAAUACUUAUUAUCUUAUUCCCAAGGAUGACAAAUUUAAAGACACAAAAAUUCUAAUAAAUAUAUUUACUAAAAACACUAAUAUAUUCUUUUUAAACCUUAGUUGCGCUGAUAUAGACAUAACUUGGAUGAUUUAGCAACUAACAACAUACUUUCUGUGUGCGCAUGCGCCGAGGAUUAUAAAAUUUCACUCUCGAUAGUAAAGAAGUAUAACUUCAAAAAUUUGUUACAUAUUCUUAUUUAAAAGAUGUGAUGUAUAAAAUAUUCCUGGAUUUAACCUAGGACAUCACAGGACUCUUCCCACGUGGGUUGCAAUGUCCAGAGGGCAGAUCCUCACAUAAUGGACUCUAAUUGGCAACUGGAGUUUACGGUUGUACACGUUAGAGUUGGUAACUAAGUUGCCAAUUAGAGCUCAUUAUGUGAGUUUAUGCCCUCUGGACAUUGCAACCCACGUGUGAAGAGUCCUGUGAUACCCUAGGUUAAGUCCAGGAAUAUUUUAUACAUCAUAUCUUUUAAAUACCAAUAUGUAACAAAUUUGAUCUUUACGACAUUUAAGGGGUUUUUACCCAAACAUUUUGGUAUCUCAGGCAUGUACAAUACUGGAAUUGUACACUGAUGAUGGAAUUAGUAUUCCGAAAAUGUUCUGUAACCCUUUUUAGGGAUUAUUUAAAUAUAAUUUUUACAAAGGAACAUACUAUCGUUUGUGAUUUAUGGUAUACAGCCAGCUACAGGAAUUUAUUUUCCUCGUGGAUUUUUUUAAACAAACAUUUCGUGAGCUACAAUUCUUAUUGAUAAUUAUUAGUGAAUUUUGUUAUAUUCAAAGCUCAGGUAUAUUUUUGCAGAUUUAAACCAGAGUUGAAACCGAUGUGGACUUUCUCCUUAUUUUUAUACUUUUUUGUCAUUACUACUAACAAAACAAGAUUUAAUUAUUGAAAAUGAAAUAUACUUCUGUUUCGAUCCAAAGCCGAUUUUAUUUUUCAACAUUUCCAGGUCCUAGAUUCGUUUUGCUUGUACAAUAUUUUGUAUCAAAUAGAAAAUGUAUUUAUUGCAACUGUGUAUAUUUCGUCAUUUCAAUGAAAAUACUUGCUUAGAUUUUAAAAGUACUGCAAUAAAAAAUAAUGAAAAUUA